UACAAAUAUUUUUAGCGAACAUUAUAAAAUUUCACAUAUUACUAGUAUAAGACGAUUGUGAAAUACCUGUAAGUGAAUUACGCAAGUCAAAGGUUCCCGAAUAACAAUGACGACGUACCAAGAAUACAUCCAACAAAAUGAGGAUAGAGAUGGAAUCAGAUGGAGUUGGAAUGUAUGGCCGUCAUCAAGACUUGAAGCUACCAGAAUUGUUGUUCCUGUGGCAUCUCUUUUUACACCUUUGAAGGAAAGACCUGAUCUGCCACCUAUACAAUAUGAACCAGUUUGCUGCCAUAGACAAACUUGCAGAGCUGUUCUUAACCCUCUCUGCCAAGUUGACUACAGAAGCAAAAUAUGGACAUGCAAUUUCUGCUAUCAAAGAAAUCCUUUUCCAGCUAGUUAUGCUGCCAUUACGGAAAGUCAUCAGCCAGCAGAAUUAAUUCCGCAAUUUACAACAUUGGAAUAUCAGAUUCGUUCACCACUGCCAGUUGGACCUGUAUUUUUGUUUGUAUUAGAUACUUGUAUGGACGAAGAAGAUUUGCAGGCAAUGAAAGAGUCCUUGCAAAUGUCACUCAGUCUUUUACCAAACAAUGCAAUCAUUGGUUUAAUAACUUUUGGAAGAAUGGUUCAAGUUCAUGAACUAGGAACAGAAGGAAUUUCUAAGAGUUAUGUCUUCAGAGGAACGAAGGAUCUAACUGCAAAACAAAUUCAGGAAAUGCUUGGACUGAAUAAAGUUUCAGGAGCUCCAGCACCAAAAGUUGGUGCACCAGGACAACCUGCUCAACCUCAGAAUAAUGCUACGCCUCUGAAUAGGUUUUUGCAGCCGCUUCACAAAUGUGACAUGUAUGUAACCGAUUUACUUGGUGAACUACAAAGGGAUCCAUGGCCAGUAACACAAGGCAAACGACCAUUACGAUCUGUGGGAACUGCCCUUGCAAUAGCAGUCGGACUUCUUGAGUGUUCUUUCCCUAAUAUUCCAUCUCGUAUCAUGCUAUUCAUGGGAGGGCCUGGCACUCAAGGACCAGGUAUGAUUGUGGAUGAUAAUUUGGAACAUACGAUCAGAUCUUGGUAUGAUGUCGAGAAAGAUAACGCACCCCAUAUGAAGAAAUCAAUCAAGCAUUACGAAUCUCUUGCCACACGGGCAUCAAAGAGCGGCCAUAUUAUUGAUGUUUAUUCUUGUGCCUUGGAUCAAACUGGACUACAUGAAAUCAAGUGUUGUCCUAAUUAUACUGGUGGAAUCAUGGUGAUGGGAGAUUCCUUCAAUACUUCACUCUUCAAACAAACAUUUCAGAAAGUAUUUUCAAAAGACAGCAAGGGAGAAUUUAAUAUGGCUUUCGGUGCAACAUUUGAAGUUAAGACAUCCAGAGAAGUAAAAGUUAGCGGUAUAAUCGGCCCAUGCACAAGUUUGAAUGUCAAAAGUCCAUGCGUAUCAGAAAAUGAAAUUGGUAUUGGAGGAACAUCACAAUGGAAAUUGUGUGGACUUGAUUCAUCAACUACUUUAGCUAUUUAUUUUGAAAUAGUGAAUCAGCACAAUACUCCGAUACCACAAGGUGGGAGAGGAACUGUCCAGUUUAUCACAAAUUAUAUUCAUUCAAGUGGUCAGCGCCGUAUCCGUGUAACUACAAUAGCUCGCAGUUGGGCUGAUCCAUCAGCAGGACAAGUUCAUGUAUCAGCCAGUUUUGAUCAAGAAGCAGCAGCAGUUAUUAUGGGAAGGAUGGCAAUAACAAGAUCACAGGAUGAUGGCGGUCCCGAUGUCUUACGUUGGCUUGAUAGAAUGCUUAUUAGAUUGUGCCAAAAAUUUGGAGAAUUUUCAAAGGACGCACCUGAUACUUUUAGAUUUGCUGAAAAUUUUUCACUUUAUCCACAGUUCAUGUUUCAUUUGCGACGUUCUAGUUUUCUGCAAGUGUUUGGUCACAGUCCUGACGAAACUGCUUAUCACAGAUACCAAGUCAACAGACAAGAUCUCACAAACUCUCUCAUCAUGAUUCAACCUGUUUUGUAUUCCUACUCAUUCAAUGGACCACCAGAGCCUGUACUACUCGACAGCACAAGUAUUCAACCAGACAAAAUUUUGUUGCUCGAUACGUUUUUUCAAGUUCUAAUCUUCCAUGGAGAGACAAUAGCGCAAUGGAAGAAAGCUGGUUACCAUGAACAACCACAAUAUGAAAACUUCAGACAACUAAUGCAGGCUCCUAUUGACGAUGCUCAAGAUAUUCUGGCAACUAGGUUUCCCAUUCCAAGAUAUAUCGAAACCCAGCAUGGAGGAAGUCAGGCACGUUUUCUACUUUCUAAGGUCAAUCCUUCUCAAACUCACAACAACAUGAUGUGGGGACAACAGGAUGGUUCAGCCCCAGUUCUAACCGAUGAUGUCAGUCUUCAAGUAUUUAUGGAUCAUUUGAAGAAACUAGCUGUAUCGAGCGCUACUUAAUGACAAAUACAAAUUUGAACUACUAUGUGUUUUUCAAUGAAACAUUGCAAGAAUACGGAAUUUGAAAUGUAAUAUUAACCAAAUGCUCUUCUAUCAAAGUUGUUUUGGAGGUGAUAGGGUGAUUGGGGGUAUUCGCAAAAGAAAAAGUGAUGUUAUUUUGAAUAAAUUUAAACUACUGUUUCAUCCAACAUUGUGGAAUCAAAAAAUAAUUUAUCUGAGUUGCUCAAAAAAUACUUGAGGUGAAAAUUUGUUUUAAAAUUCCUGUCUUGCCAAGCCUUGUUAUGUUUCAUUUGAGCUUCCAAGGAUCUUGGAUUUCACAUUUCUGAAUCAUCAUCCAUUUGUCUUCGGCUUGCACGGAGGAAUAACCCAGACUCAAGCACCGCAAAACACAUCUCUAGAUCCAGCAGUUCAUUGCUAUUCUCCUAACAAACAACUGAGUGCAUGACUUAAAACAUCUCAUUUUAUAUCUGCAUUCAUAUAAAUCACGCACAUCUAGAUGAUGUUGGAACUUAUUAGAGCAUUGCAAUAUUGUUAUGGGAAGCUGCUAUUGAAUUGAGGUUUUUUUGUUUUGUUCAUUGAACGAAACAGUUCGAAAAUAUGACAAUUUUUUGUUGGGAAUGACCUUGUUUGUUACGCACAUUGUUUUCGUUUUUCAAUGGGGAUUGACUUGUGCAAUAGCUGCCUAAAAGUAGUGUCUUUUUGCCUUCAUUCUCAAUAUAUUUUUCGUAGAGGUCCCACAUUGGCAGUAGAUGUAACUUUGUCAAAUUAUAGGUCUUUUCACAUUUUCUGCUCUUAUAGCGCAGAGGUAGAAACAAAAUUAGUAUUGUUAUGGUUACAUGCUUGCCUAGUUCAUGGAAGGGUUAUUGAUCUUGUUAGCACUGGUUACUUUAUUAUUUGCAUGACCGUUUCACUAAAAUGUAUGUGACUGUUUAUUUUGCGACUUUCUGUUUGUGACUAGGAAUAAAAGUGCAUAUUAUAGAAAUUUGAGUUGCUUGUAUAUACAAAUAUAUAUUGAAAAAAAAUAAAUGUUUACAAGUAACAUA